CUGAGUCGGUCCAGGCUGGAUUUAUUCCCAACAUGUUACCACUCCACGAGGCUGCACCAUGACUCAGUAGGGCGGUCUGCUUCUGGUGGUCAUGCAGGAGAAGCUCAGCUGUUUCUUGGAAAGCACGUGGGACCACAGGAAGCCCCCCGCCCUUCAGCUUAUUAAUCAGGACUGAGGCGGAGGAAGUCCCAGUUAAGAAUUUCCUGCUUCCCCUGGGGCUCGUCUAGCUGCAGGACCUGCUAGUAUUCAUUUUUGAUUCCUCUUCGUCCUGUUCGGGCUCGUGGGGACGGAUCUUUUCCCAGCUGCCAGAGGGGAGACACCUGCGCACGUUCCUAACCCUAACCCACACCUGUCAGCUGUCAGUCCUGGAUCAUGGGGAACGGUGGCUCCAUAACUAACAGGACUCCUUAUAACUGGAAAUUGGACAGAGGGAAAUGUUUAGGUGACGAUGUUUGUACUCUAUAUGGAAACAGCUGCAGAGAGUAUUCAGAAGAAAUCUUUGUCAAAUAUAAAAUGCUACUUGCUUAUGAGGACCACUCGGAGUGGGACCUCAGAUCUUGGGGUGAUGGAGAUUCAUUCAUCCUGAGAGAGAGCAGGAACCGCCAACACUUUGAACUGGUGAAUAAUUCCUCUGGACGGGUGGUCGACCGCUGCCCCCACUAUGGAAGAAUUGAGGAAGAAAGACAAGAGAAAGAAAAACAGGAGCGGGAGAGACGCCGGAGAGAAGAAGAGAAGAAGAGGCGUCAACAAGAGGAGCAACGCCGGAGAGAAGAAGAGAAGAAGAGGCGUCAACAAGAGGAGCAACGCCGGAGAGAAGAAGAGGAAAAGAGGCGCCAGGAGGAGCUUGAGCGAACAAGGAGGAUACAACAGAGGAUUGAAGAGGAGAAAUGGAAGAGGCGUCAACAAGCGGAGCAACGCCGAAGAGAAGAAGAGGACAAGAAGAGACGUGAAGAGGAGCAACACCAAAGAGACGAGGAGUUGAGGCGUCAGGAGGAGCUUGAGCUGCAACUAUGGAUCGAACAACAGAUUGAGGAGGAGAAACAGGAGCGGGAGAGACGUGAAGAAGAGGAGCGACACCAGAGAGACGAGGAGUUGAGGCGUCAGGAGGAGCUUGAGCUGCAACUAUGGAUCGAACAACAGAUUGAAGAGGAGAAACAGGAGCGGGAGAGACGUGAAGAAGAGGAGCGACACCAGAGAGACGAGGAGUUGAGGCGUCAGGAGGAGCUUGAGCUGCAACUAUGGAUCGAACAACAGAUUGAGGAGGAGAAACAGGAGCGGGAGAGACGUGAAGAAGAGGAGCGACACCAGAGAGACGAGGAGUUGAGGCGUCAGGAGGAGCUUGAGCUGCAACUAUGGAUCGAACAACAGAUUGAGAAGGAGAAACAGGAGCGGGAGAGACGUGAAGAGGAGCGACACCAGAGAGACGAGGAGUUGAGGCGUCAGGAGGAGCUUGAGCUGCAACUAUGGAUCGAACAACAGAUUGAAGAGGAGAAACAGGAGCGGGAGAGACGUGAAGAAGAGGAGCGACACCAGAGAGACGAGGAGUUGAGGCGUCAGGAGGAGCUUGAGCUGCAACUAUGGAUCGAACAACAGAUUGAGGAGGAGAAACAGGAGCGGGAGAGACGUGAAGAAGAGGAGCGACACCAGAGAGACGAGGAGUUGAGGCGUCAGGAGGAGCUUGAGCUGCAACUAUGGAUCGAACAACAGAUUGAGGAGGAGAAACAGGAGCGGGAGAGACGUCAACAUGAGGAGCGACGCCAGAGAGAAGAAGAGGAGAAAAGGCGUCAGGCAGAGCUCGAGCAAAGGAGGAGGAUCCAGGAGCAGAUGGAAAAGGAGAAUGAAGCCUCCAGGAAGAAACUCUCUCGAGCACAGUGGAGUUUUCAGGAGGAACAAAACCUGAAAGAACGAGUGUUUCAGCAGCAGCAGACUCAGGUUCUACACCAGAUGGUGGAAGAUCAUGCAGCUCACAUAGAGAGAGAUGAGCUGGCUGAUGUGCGUCAGAAAUUUGAAGAACUUCUGUCAAAGUACCAAAUUAAAGAGAAUGGACCUGAUAAAACAGACCUGGAAGACAGAAUGAAGACUCUCCAAAAUGAGCUAACAUUAGAUUAUUUUAGAGAACACUCGAACCCUAGUUGGUCACUGUGGGCUUUGGACCAGGCAACUGGAUAUGUGGACCUGUCUCUGACUGACAGGUUCAGUGUUCUGGAGGCAGUGGUAAAGGUUACCGUGGAAGGUGACCUGGAUUUAGAGGAUGUCCCUACAUCUGGACAAGACAAGAAGAUUGAAUUCCUUCUCAGUUUGCAAGAUCAACUCCAUGUUGCUAAUCCAACUCUGGCCAGAAAGGUUUUAAUCCAUGUUCUUAGUAUGACUUCACAGUUGUCCCAGGUAGGUAAGGAGAUCCUCAGUCAAAUACUGUUCAGCAACAUCUGGACACCUAAAGAAAUCAAGCUUUUCCUUGGAAGGACUGUAGGCAUGGAUCAGGAAACAGUUACACAGAUCCUCCACAAAGUGUGCACCUACAGGCUGAGCUGCCUCCCGGUUCUCUCUGCAGUGGAUGACGAAGAUCCCAUAGAGUUUAUUCAAGGCUGCAUAACAGACGAGGUGGACAAAGAUGUUGACACUAUCUUGAGAGAAAUGCAGGACAAGAGCUUUCCAGAUGACAUCCUGUCACAACUGGAAGAUAUUCUGCGAUAUGUUGAAGAAGAGUUGGCCAAGCAUAGAAGAGUGGACAUUAAUGAAACAACAGUUAAGGAAGGGAAAAAACAGAUAGCUGCACUUGAUUUAGCCAAUCCUGACCCUGAUACUCUGAAGAAAGUCCUGAUUGUGCUGUCUAUAGCUGUGAAGAAAUGCAGCACAUUCGUCACUGCAAGCGGUGAAGAAGUACAAGGCUACUUUCCCAGACUGACUCAGCUUGCAUCCUUGCUUUUACUGCUGCUGCCACAGAUCCAGGACAAAAGAGGUUGUCUCUUGGAAAUUGGAACUGGAGAAGGAAAGACUUGCAUUUUAGCCAUGUUUGCCAUGAUCCAGGCAAUGCAUGGUACAGCAGUGGACAUUGUGACAAGCUCCCCUUUACUUGCAAUUCGUGAUCAAGAAGAGUGGAAAAAACUCUAUGACCUGGUAGACGUAACAUCGUCCGCUGUACCUCCACAGCAUCAAGACAAAAGCACUUUUGAGGAUCAGGACAAGCGACUUGAGGAAGCAUACAAGAAGCAGAUAGUUUAUAGUACCGUCAGUACCUUUGCAGCAGAUAUACUGAAGCAGGAGUUUGAGAAGAAAACUACUCGAGGACAGAGGAAGUUUGAGUGUGUGAUAGUGGACGAGGUGGACUACAUGACGCUGGACAGCGGAGUUCAAGUGACCUUCCUGUCACACCAAACCAGUAGCUUGAGGCACGUGGAACAAGUCCUUGCAAGCAUCUGGGCCAUGGUGUCCGCCUGCCGUCCAAUAGAGAUGUUUGAAACAGGGGAGAUCCUGUGGGCAACCAGGAUCCAGCACUUUCACAAGACAGUGAAACAAGUUGUGAUUGGUACAGAAUCAGAGGAUUUUUCAGAAAACGAUCUACUGCUUCUGGGUGCAAAGUUGGGGUUUUAUUCACAGGAGGACACAGAUGGACUGAAUGAAGCAGUGAGUGAAACAGAUCCAGAGAAGGACAGCUACGAGGGGAAUGCCAUGGAAGAAAUCAUGGCCAGGGUUGGACCUGAAGAGCAGUUUAAGUUGCUUAGAGAAGUUGAGACAACCGUUGGCAACAGUGUAAAUUGUUACUCACUAGUCAACAACAAAGCCAAACUGUUCAGAGACGAAAGCUCUCACAGAGAUCCAGAUAUCAGCAUGCUUCUACUACAGAAUGGACUGGCCUGUGAAAUCAUGUCCGAGAAAUCACUCAUUGAGAGAACUGUUGAACAUUUAAAACCUAGAAUUAAAUAUUCUAGAGAAUGUGCUCUGGACUCAAUGAAGGAAUGUGAGGGCUUUAUUGCGAUUCCUUCUUUCUUGAAGGAAUACCUUGAGAACCAAUUGGCAGUUUUUGCAGAGAAUGCCUUAAAAGCCAUCACAAUGACACCGGGAAGAGAAUACAUGAUUGACAAGGAGCCCGAAGCCAACAGAGUUGGUUUCAGUGGUGCUGAGAGUCAUCACUAUGAUGCCAUAAUUCCUGUGGACUUUCAGGCCAGUGGCGUGCUAGAGAAAAACAAGCGUUGGGGUGAUGGCCUGCAGCAGUUUUUGGAGAUGAAGCACCAGCUGGCCAUUUCACAGCUGUCCAAUGUAACAAAUUACAUGUCAAACGUCCACUUUUUUAAAAGGUACCUCAGAGGGAAAGGUAUUUUUGGGGUCUCUGGGACGUUAGGGGGCAAAGCUGAGAAAGCAUUUCUAGAACGGCAAUACAAAACAGCGAGUUACGUUAUUCCAUCGCACCGUCAUAAAAAGCUUGUUGAGCUGCCCGCAGUUCAGGUUAGAGGAGGAAAUCUAGAAUGGAUCAAGCUGAUCUGUGAAACUGCAUGGACAGUAGCAGAUAGAGGACAGGUUGUCUUGAUCAUCUGUGAGGACGUCAAGACUGCAAAUGACCUGAGGACUAAGAUGUAUGACCAACAAAGACGACCUUAUGAGAUGACCAUGUACACAAUCAGUGAAAAGCACAACAUCGAGAAACAGACGUUCGGCCAGGGAAACAUCAUCAUUGCUACCAACCUUGGAGGCCGUGGGACGGACAUACAUGUUCAGCAUGAAGUAAACGAGUCUGGAGGACUCUUUGUGCUUCUCACCUACUUUCCUGGAAGUCAUCGGGUGGAGAGACAGGUCUUUGGACGAACUGCCCGGAAAGGAAACCCAGGCAUGGUGCAGAUGAUACUCAACCAGGACCAUCUGGAACCAGCAUACCAAGGCCAUUCAGUGGAAACCAUGAAACAGCUUAGAGAGGAGUAUGAGGUCCACCAUUUAGAAAGCAUGGAGAAAAAUGAGCUGCUGGAAAUUGAAUUGAAGGAAGAUCUGUUCUCCAGAUUUUGUACAUUUCUCUGUGACUUUGACAAGAAUUACUCAGAGGAAGAGAAGAGUGACCUGACACAAACAAGACUAAAAGAUGUUCCAGAGUUUUUGAAGACCCAUCGUGAAAAGUUUGACUAUCAGCCUGCACUCAAUGCUUUGAAAGAAUCGUGGGCUUUGUGGCUCAUCCACAAUGAAGAGCACAUCAGUAAACAUGAUAACGUCAUCACGCUUAAAGAAGACCUCACUACGGACUUAAAGAAGACUGCUGAGCACCUCCUCCACGGUAAAACCAACAAUUUCUAUGACUUCGUUGAACUGGGAAAAUGCAGAACUUACAUGCAUCACAUCAACAAAAAUGAAAGUGACUAUGGAGCUUUGUCUUAUUGGCAGAAGGCUGCAGAGAGUGAUCCUUUCUACAGUGCUGUGGCACUCUAUAACCAAGCUUACAUCAAGAUCAACCUGCAAAAGACCAACUACAUAACUGAGGCGAAGAGGUUACUGGAGGAAGCAAAGACUGCAGUUGAUGUGUACCUCUCAGAAUCAACCAACACAAUGAUGUUUUGUAAUUUCUCAGUGACUAAAGACUUUACAUCCCACCACACUGACUGCAACCUGCAGGCCCAGAUGAAAGCCAGGAUGGCUGUCUUCAAAUCUUGGAAGGGAUACAUUGAAAAUGCUCUGGAAAGUCUCCAGAAAAUUGAAAGUAGCCAAAGUCGAGCAAUAACCGAGGAUUCCACUGUGUACAGUCUUUCAAGAGACAAAGAUCCUAUCACCACUAAGGAGCUGAUGGUCCUCCAUGAGUUCGGACUCAGCAUCGUGUUUGAGGUGAAAAAGAAGCCUGAGUUCUGCAUCGAUGCUCUUCUUUGUUUUGGUCUUGGUGUGCUCCAGGUAGCAGCAGGGUUUCUUGUUUGUGCUCUGUCAGCAGGUAGCGCCAGUCAGUUUGGACUUGGACUGAUUAGUGAGGGCGUAUCUGACAUGAUUGAUGGGGCUAGAGGCAUGACACAAGGAGGCUUUGAUUGGGCUGAGUGGGCAAUCUCCAAAGCCAUUAGCAUUGGGGUGUCUCUGGUCUUUGGUGGAUUGGGCAAACUGAACAAAGCAUUCAAGGCUGUACGUGGUGGAACAAAAGGCCUGAUCACCGGGGCUAAGAGUUGCUCUACCAUCACAGUAAAACAGUGUUUUAAACAUGCAACAAAGUAUGCAGUUCAGGAACUGGGGAAGCAAGGAUGUGCUGCUGCUCUGAACUAUGCUGUUGACAAAGGACUCACAGCUUUAUUCCAAACCGUUCUGAAGGAGGCCUUUAAGAACAAGGUGUUCUCAUUGAUGGUGAGACCUGGUGACCUGGAUCAGGUUCUUACUAACUUCAUCUGCUUGGGAAUACCAAAGGCUGCAAUUGAACAGGGUUUUGAAGACUUCAAAAUUGACAAGGGAUGUGAAAAAGAAAUUUGUCAAUCAGUGCUUAUAAUGACAGGAAGGAUCAUUCCUGACCUCAUGAUGGACUGUACCAUGGAUGAUAAGGUUCUUGACAGACUUUCACAGGUCUGCUGUGCUGUAGAACAACACGUAGGGAAACAUAAAGCACUGCAGUUGGCCAUAAAGGGUCUGAAUACAGCUAAAUAUAUUAAAGAUUUUGCACAGAUAUUCAAUUCUGUUCCCACAGAAGACGUCAUCAACAACACCUUCGUUCCUCAACUGUUGAAGACCAUGAAUAAAAACUUACCACAAGAAAAGUGUGACCAGGAUGGAAGACACCAAUUAUCAGACGUGAAGCGUCUUAAAGACGAACUCAUCAAUAAAAUUGCAGAAAGUGUUUCAGACUCAUUCGUUGAGGCUUGUUCCAGACACAUGACCUCCGUCGUUACCAGAGCAUGCAUGAGCAAAAUAAACCAUGUUGCUGGUACUGCUGUUAGCAAUGUACUCGGCAGGAGCAACACCCAAAGUUUCUUUGAUAACCAGGUGUAUAAGCACCACAUGAAACAGGCUUUCCAAGGUCAGAAUAAGUCCCUGUCAGAGGCUGACAAGAAGGACUUAGAUGGUUACAUUAAGGAAAUCACUGAUGUUGACCGCCCUGCUACAGCUUUGGACAUCCACAUCCUUACACAGAGUGACGCUCUUCAAGGCAAAGGCAUCAAAGUGGUUACGGUGGACAAACAUGGGAAGAAGCUUUCAGAGGAUUAUUAUCCAGGGAAGAAUAGCUCUGCAGACGACAUUGUGCUUCAGCUGAGGAAAGAUUCAGAAGCUCUACAACAAAAGGAGGGAUUCCUCUCAAAGGCCAGUAAAGUGAUCCGUGGUGAACAGAAGUCCUACACGGGACAUUUUGAACUUCUGAGACCAGACGGGUCUGUGGUCCCAGUACAUUCAGAGGGUCAAAACUGCCUGUAUCAUGCUGUUGUCCAGGCAAGCAGCAAAAACAAAGCUGAUCUGAAACAGGAGGCAGCGAGCCUUCGAAAUCAAGUCAAAGAUUCUAUCCAACAAAACCCGCAGAGAUACACAGCAGCUCUGAAGCUGCAGAGAGGAUAUGAAGCAGCAUCCAAAUCUCUUGGUAAAUACUCCAUCACCGGAGGAGCAAGAAAGGAAAGAGAUGAGAUCAGAGAACAAUAUCAGCAGGUGCUGAACAAGAUUAAGAACAAAGAUCCAAACAUUCAUGAUGUUAUCAAAGCCUACAAUCUUGGACUGGUUGGAGCGUAUGCGGAUGUUAUAGGCGUCCGGAGGGAAAAUACAUCAGCAAACAACAACACGGGACUUGUUGUUAACGCAGACCACAUCCCACCCCAAGACUCCUUUAAGAAGGCUUAUCAGGAGUUAGCUAGAACAGGAAAAUUAGACGAAUUUAAACAAAAGCAUCCAGGACUUUCUUCACUGAUUGAUGAAACUGGAAACCGUGGGUUGUGCAGGGAAGUUCUUGCAGAGCAUCACCAACGUGCCCUGACCACCGGCAACAGCUCAGAGUCUCGCAGGAUCAGGGAAAAACUCACUGAGGUGGUUCUUAGUGGAGAUACAGUUAAAGUGAUGAAGAUGUCACUGAUUGUGGCCAAUCCAGACAUGUCAGAGUCUCUGAGAAAAGAUGCUUGUAUCACCAACCGCACAUAUAGACCUGAUUACAUGUCCCCAGAGCAGUCGAGGGCAUACCAUAACAUUGGAGACCAUCUGUUGGUGGACGGAUACGCGGCAUCCAGAGUUUUAAACAACAAUCAGAGAGAACAGCUUCUAACGUGGCUGGAUCAGAAGGAACAAGUAAAAAACACUCCAGAGUAUCAGGAACUCCUCAGUGCGAUUGCAUCUUCCAAUGAAAAAGGCGACGUUACAAGAAAAAGAAGACAAUAUCUUUAACUGCUUAUUAUUCUGUACCUUUGUGAUUGCUGAGAUUUUUAUUUUAAACUUGGAAAAGUUCUGACAUUUGAUUGAUUUUAUGUGUGUUUUCAUCUGUGUAUUGUCCUGAAUAUAAGGACUGCAUACAUCUUGACUGUCAGCCAAGUGGCUCUCCGUUUCAUGUCUUGUCCACUGAUUUAUUUAUGUUUGAAUGAAAGAAACAGAUUAUUUAAUAAUCACUUCUGCUCCACAUUAAUAUAUAAACUAUGAGUUUAUUUAGUAAAAUUAAUUAAAUCACAUUGUUUUAACAAUAAUGUAAGUUUCAUUUUAACUUCAAGUGUAAAACUGUGGAGAAAAUUAUCAUAUUAAUUGAUGAGUCUCAAGCUAAACAAAUUGUCUUUCUGAGAUUAUUAACCCUUUAACUCUUUUAUUGUGUCACUUAAUGGUAAAAUCUUUGCGCCAAACCCUACUGUAUACAGUCUGAUACCUGUCUUCUGCCCCCUGGUGGAUACCUUUGACCUGCAUCAAUUCUGACAUAUCAUGUAGUAAUAAACAAGAUAUAUGCAAAUUAUUAAAAAAUUAUAUAUU